AUGUCACUGCAAGGACUUGACACAAGCCCCUCUCGCGGGGACCGCGACAAUGCCUCGUUCCUCUCUCCUAUCGCAUACGACGACGACGCUUCAUCAAUCCACACCCGCAGCGACCAGGAUACGGAUAGCGACGACGAUGAGCUUAUUUCCCGCGCCAGAAAUAGCCGGGAGCUUCGCGCCCACGAUCGCAUCGUCUUGAUGGAGGAGGAAGAUAUUGAUCGACUUGUUACCGAUACCAGAAAAAAGAAGGAAAGAGAGCGUCGUGGCUCCGGACUCGCCGUUCCCAACUUGAAAAAGAUGUUUGGACGUCGAGGAAGUAAUUCAGGCACUUUUCAGCUCAACAGCUCGACCGAGGAUCUUGUGUCCGAAAAGAGAAGCGCUCGACGUCAGAGGAGACAGAAGAAGCGUGAGAGGCUAGUGGAGAAUGCGCAACAUGGAGAAGAUGGACAGUUGAUGUACGAGAUGGAAGAGGGAGGGAUGAAGGAAGGCAGUUCCACCGGCGAGAGCAGCGAGAGGGAUGAUAGCGAUGAGAUUGAUCGACACCAUCUCAACCUCAUCGCCGAGGCCAAGGCCCAGAGACGUCGCAGCUGGCGCCGUUGGGUCUUUAUCCAUUCCCUUAUCGCAAUUGGCUUUGCGAUCCUCAUCUUGAUGGCCUGGAAGCUGUCAAAGAACCGCAAGGUCAAACCCCUGAAGCAGGCGCUUGUAAGCAACGGCACCGCCCUGUUUGCGCCCACCACCCUUAUCAUCAGCUUGGACGGUUUCCGCGCCGACUUUCUCCAGCGCGACCUGACACCGACGCUGAACUCGUUUAUCGCAGAGGGUGUGUCGCCAAAGUGGAUGCAUCCUUCUUUUCCCUCCGUCACGUUUCCGAAUCACUACACACUUGCGACUGGUCUGUAUCCUGAGUCCCACGGCAUUGUAAGCAACACAUUCUGGGACCCCGAGCUUCAGGCUCAGUUCUUCUAUACCGAUCCAGACCGGAGUCUGGAUCCCAAGUGGUGGGGAGGAGAGCCAUUCUGGGUGACGGCCGAGAAGCAAGGAGUCCGAAGUGCCAUCCACAUGUGGCCCGGAAGCGAGGCGCAUGUUCUGCACAAAGAGCCAAGCAUUCUCGACAAGUUCAACCACAAGGAGACGCUCGAUAACAAGGUUUCGAGGAUCAUGCAGUUCCUUGACAUGCCUGGUAUGGAAGACAAGACGGCGGAUGUCAAGGAUAUGCGACCUCAACUGAUUGCCGCUUAUGUGCCUCACGUUGACUCCAAUGGGCACAAGUUUGGCCCUAACAGCACUGAAAUCCGCGACACUAUCGAAAAGGUAGAUACCAUGCUGAGCAACGUUUUCAAGGGACUCGAGGAGAGAAACCUGACAAAGAUUGUCAACGUCAUUGUGGUGUCGGAUCAUGGUAUGGCAACGACUGAUAUCUCUCGGCUGAUCCAGCUCGAGGACCUUAUUGAUACCGACAAGAUCGAGCACAUCGACGGGUGGCCGUUGUACGGUCUACGCCCCAAGAAUCUUGAUGACCUUCAAGGGUUGUACGAUCAGCUAAAGGAAAAGUCCAAGUCGAACCCGAACUACGAAGUCUAUCUUCGGGACGUCGACAUGCCCGAGCGAUACCACUUCUCCAAGCAUCCUCGCAUCGCUCCCUUGUGGGUGGUACCAAAAACAGGUUGGGCCAUCGUCACCAAAAAGGAGUUUGAUGUCAAGGAGGGACAGAAGAAGAAGCUCGUGUACCACCCCCGUGGUCUUCACGGCUACGAUCAUGAGCAUCCGCUGAUGCGGGCCAUCUUCAUCGCUCGCGGCCCUGCAUUCCCGCACCCAGCAAACAGUCAAGUUGACGUGUUCCAAAAUAUCGAGGUGUACAACAUGCUGUGCGACUCGGUCGGCAUUGAGCCGGUUCCCAACAACGGCACCCUGCGACUACCGCUGAAGCCCGUUGGUUUGCACAAGCCUGAGGAGAUGCCUGAGGAGCCAGCAGACCCCGUGUCCACGCAUGAGGCAGAGUCGUCUGGGUCCAAGGAGCCGGCUCGCCCAACCAUUCCAGAAAAGCCGGCGCAACCUACGCGACCGACAGUCCCUGAGAAGCCGAAGCAACCUGAACGGCCGACGGUGCCAGUGGCGCCAUCAAAGCCGGCAGAGGCCAGCGUGUCUCAGGCGUCCACUAAGUCGGCAAAGCCUUCAAAGUCGGCAGCUCCAUCAUCCAAAGGUGACGAAGAUGAGGACAGUGAUAGCGACAGCGACGACGAAGACGAUGAAGAAGAAGAGGAGGGUUGGUGGGAUUGGAUCACUCACAAGGUGGGGAAGGUCUGGCACAAGCUGACCGGAGAAGAAUCGGAUUAG